AUGCCGUGCAUUCGAAGGCUUGUUAAGGAUUCCCUGGAUAAAUUCAACCUUCUCAAGAAUGGGGAAAGCUUCAAGUUCCAUGUCCAGCGAUGCAAAAGUUUGUGCACAUAUAUACUCGAUAAGGUCCCCCCAUAUAUUCGCAAUGAUGAGCAAUACCUGGGUGGCGAUGUUUGGAGCGAACGUGUGCAAAAAGCUUGGAAGGAGAUAUAUCGCGUCAUGAAAGAAGCAGAAACAUACCUCAAUCACUGCUCAACACAGGUGAUGAAAUGCUUAAUACUAGAUAGCACAGGUGAGGCCUUCGCCCUACACAUGCACGACUUUGCUUGGUCUCUUCUUUGCUUAGAUUUAGCUAUUCUGUGCCCGAUCGAAGAAUGGAAUGAUAAAAUCGGUCUUACAGAAUUCCGCAAGAGAAUCUCUGAUUCCUUUGCAGAAAUGUCUGAUUUACAUUUAAACCAGAUUGACUUUAAGUUUGAAGACUAUUGUGACCUACGCAUGGCUUGUAAUCAAGCGGCUGCAAAUGCUUGGAGUGCAAAACGAAAAUAUAAAAUUGGGGUUUUACAAUUCAUGGAAAGAAAGCUGUUAGAAACCAUCAGGAAUGAGCGUAAAACUCGACCUGCAAUAGAUGAAUCUGCAACUGGUAUACCUGCGUGGCUGCAGAUCCCUGCCAAAGAUUUAACAAUAAAGAAUAUUAUAGGAGAGGGAUCUUUUGGUAAAGUGUAUAUGGGGUCAUGGCUGGGGCAUAAGGUUGCCGUUAAAGACAUCCCGGUUGACGCUCGUGAUCUGUUCGAAAGGGAGAUUGCAGUUCUUUCCAAGCUACACAGCCCUUUCAUUGUCCAGUUGAUAGGCACAUCAUGCAUUGAGAGAAGGCAUUGCCGUAUUGUAAUGGAAUUGGUCAGCUCCAGCUUGGACAAAGUACUAAAGAAUUCUGGUUGCAGGGCAUCCCUGGCGCUCCCUGUUGCAGUGGAUAUGAUGCUUCAAAUUUCGAGGGGAAUGGAAUACCUUCAUCGCCAGGGCAUAAUGCACAUGGAUCUGAAAGCUUCUAAUGUUCUCGUAGAGCCGUCUGCAAUUCCAGAAUUUAGAGAGCAAGGCUAUGGGCGAGUUAAGCUGUGCGACUUUGGAAUGGCCAGCUUGGGGCUAUCCAGUUUUCGGUGUGAAGAUCCAAAGGGAACAUGUUACUGGAGGGCGCCUGAAGCUUUUCGCUUCCCAGAUCAAGAAUUGCUCCAAGAAAUUGAUACUCUAAAAGAGUAUACCUAUAAAGCAGAUGUAUAUAGCUUUGCCAUGACUUGUUAUGAGAUUCUGACGGGGAUUCAACCUUUCCUUGGUGUACAUCCCAAAGGUUUGUACCGAAUGAUUGUGCAAGGCAAAAGACCGAUUUUGCUGCAGCCCUCAUGUCCAGCCGUAUUAGCUGAUUACAUAGGAAAGUGUUGGGAGACAGAUCCUGGGCGUCGCCCUUGUUUUGCACAAGUUUCUACUUUUAUGAGGAACAUGAAGUUGUGCCUACUGAGAUGGAACGAUCCUCGUGACUGGCCUGCAAAAUCCGACGGAUAUUUUUACCCACAUGAUGCUGACGUGCCUUUAGAACUUGUCACGUCCAAGGAAGAAGCAUUUGAUGAAAUUCCUGCAGAUGAGAAACUGAAGUCGAUAGCUAGAGCUCAUCGCUUCCCCCCUGAGAUAAAAAGGUAUGAACUAUUACUGAUUUGAGCAUUACACUAGUGUGUUUACUAGGG